UUUUUCUUUUGUUUUUGAAAUCUAAUAAAAUUUUCCUACAAAAAGUUCUCAGAUUUUAUAAACAAUUUUAGAAAAUGAAAGGUUUUCAUCUUGCAUGUUGUCUGGUAGUUCAGUUUUCUUCUUAGGUUAAGGCAAAUAAAAACAGAACAAAAGCAAUGCGAAGUGGAUCUUUAAAUCAUGAUAGCGGACUUUUGGGCUGCAAUUAAGGGUAGGAAGUUUGGGCGUAUCCAUUUCCAAGCGAGGAAGGCAGAUAGAAAUUAAAAACAAGAGGUAUUUUUGUGGUCUGUUAUUUUUAUUCUACUUUUUGAUGAUCAUACUACUGUUCGAUAAUAAACUAACAUUUUGAGUUUUAUUAUUUCAUCGUGCGGUUUACGUUUGUUCUUUUGCCUUGGUAGAGAGAUGGUGUGAUGUUGAACUUUAAGAUGGUUGAUGGUCUGUUUUGAUAUUGACUAAAUCCUCUUCUUUCCACCCAAGUUUUAGCUGAACUGUAGCAGCAGUCAUUACCGUUUUUAUGAUUUGUUUGCUGCUCACAAUGUAACGUACCCUGCCACCAAUGCAUGCAUCUACGUGUCGAUCUUAAUUAAUUAAGAUACAUUCAUAGGCAUCGCUAUUGGUUCAUAAUUUUUCUCCAUUGUUUAUUCCAAUCAUAUGUAAAAAGAAUUAUUCUGCCAAAAAAAAAAAAAGUUGACAAUUACCUCAAAAACCUUGACUAACCUUAGAUCCGUAGUGCAAUUUUUAAGCGGUUUUUGUCACUUGGACUUUGGUCAGCCGCAACUGAAUCCAUAAACCAAAUGGUGCGGCGGCCGUACCGCUUCAACCACUGUUCCUGAUUCUACCAAGAUGGGAUCAACAAGAGCGUUCCAAAGUUCCAACUCAGGACGAGGCAGAGAAAGAGAUGAGCAAGAAGAAACGGUCAAAGACAAGAAAUCGUUCCCUCCACACGACCAUCCCUCGGAGCUCACGCUGUCAACCUUAGCCCGUGUUUGCCCCCUCCUUUCCUGAUUUGCCGGAGUUCCAACCGUUCAUUCAUAACCCGCAACACAAAACAUUUGUUAUUCUACAAGUCCUACGUUGAUCAUAUAAAUAAAGGAGGAGGAGGAAGAGGAAAUGGCACCGAGCUCGAUAAGGAAGGCGCUGGGGGCGGUGAAGGACCAGACGAGCAUCGGCAUAGCGAAGGUGAGCAACACGUCGACGGUGUCCGACCUGGACGUGGCGAUCGUGAAGGCGACGCGUCACAACGAGUUCCCGGCGGAGGAGAAGCACAUCCGGGAGAUCCUGAGCCUCACCUGCUACUCCCGGGCCUACGUCAGCGCCUGCGUCUCCACCCUCGCCCGCCGCCUCGGCAAGACCAAGAGCUGGACGGUGGCCCUCAAGACCCUCAUCCUCGUCCACCGCCUCCUCUGCGACGGCGACCCCGCCUACGAGCUGGAGAUCUACUCCGCCACCCGCCGGGGCAUGCGCAUGCUCAACUUGGCCGACUUCCGGGACACCUCCCGCUCCGACGCCUGGGACUUCUCCGCCUUCGUGCGCACCUACGCCCUCUACCUCGACGAGCGCCUCGAGUACCGCGUGCACGGCCGCAGGAAGCGCCGGCGCAGCCGGAGCAGCAUCUGCACCGACGAGGAGGAGGAGGAGGCCGCCGUGGUCGAAGCGGCGGCCGCGAGGGCCACGCCGGUCAGGGAGAUGAAGACCGACCGACUCUUCAUCCGGACGCAGCGCCUGCAGCAGCUCAUGGAGCGCGUCCUCGCCUGCCGGCCAACAGGAGCGGCAAAGAACAACCGGAUCGUUCACGUCGCUCUCUACCCGUUGGUGAAGGAGAGUUUCCAGAUCUACUACGACCUGGCCGAGAUCAUGAACAUCUUCAUCGAUCGCUUCAUGGAGCUCCAAGUCCCCGAAUGCGUCCGCGUCCACGGCAUCUUCUCCCGCCUCUCGAGGCAGUUCGAGGACCUCGAAGUCUUCUACGGCUGGUGCAGGACCGUCGGCAUCUGCCGCUCCUCCGACUACCCCGAGGUCGAGCGCAUCACCGCCAAGAAGCUCGACGUCAUGGACGACUUCAUCCGCGACAAGUCCAGACUCGCCGACAUUAAGAAACACCGCGACUUCGACCCCGAACCCGACGACGCCAAACCCCCCGAAGAAGAAGAAGAGCCCGACGACGACAUCUCCAACAUCAAAGCUCUCCCACCUCCCGAAGACUACUACUCCGAGCCACCGGCCGAACACAAAGAAGAAGAACUCCAACAACUGGAAGAAGAAGUCGACCUGCUCAACCUGAAAGAUGAUCACGCGGUGACCGGAGAACAAUACGGCGACAGCCUCGCCUUGGCGUUGUUCGACGGGAACACAGCAUCCGACACGGCGCCCAAGUGGGAGGCGUUCACGGACUGCGACUCGUCGGACUGGGAGACGGCGCUGGUGCAGUCGGCGAGCAACCUUUCCGGCCAGAAGGCGGCGCUGGGCGGGGGAUUCGACAUGCUGUUGCUGGACGGUAUGUACGCCCAGGCGCAUACCUCGGCGACGGCCGCUGCUCAGGCGCAAGGAUACGGUGGGAGCGGGAGCGCGAGCAGUGUGGCGAUCCGGGCACCGGCGCUGCAGCCAAUGCUGGCGCUGCCGGCACCGCCGACGAGCGGGGGGACGAACAUAUUGGGAGGAGACCCGUUCACCGCAUCACUGAUGGUGCCGCCGCCGUCGUACGUCCAGAUGUCGGACAUGGAGAAGAAGCAGCAGCUGCUGUCGGAGGAGCAGCAACUGUGGAAGCAGUAUGCGAGGGAUGGGAUGCAGGGCCAGUUAGGGCUGGCCACGCUGCAGCAGUACCCAUCAUGGGGUUAUCAAAUGGGCGGCUACAACCACAACCAGAGGUUUUGAUGGGGGGAGGAAAUUAAGAGGGAAUUUGUUUUGAUGGAUGAUCUGCUAGCUGGCCGUUGGAUCUUGGGGGGUCCAUGUACAAGAGUUGGGGAUGAACUUGUGUGAGGACUAUGAUAAUUGGGCUAUCGAGUUGAGAUGUGAGGCUGUAAUUAAUUGUAGGCAAUAUGGACGUACGUAUUUUUAACUUCAUAAA